AUGUCCAAUGUUGACAUAUCAUCGACGUUAUUUGUUUCGCCAAAAACCGUAAGCCAAAUUUACAGACUAUUCGUGACAACAGGUAAUGUCACCUCGCCAAAAGUAUUCGGACGUCCAAAGGGGACGACAACGCUAUAUGACCACGAGGAAUUGAUAAUUUGUGAGAUCUUGUUACGACAACCUACGAUACACCUAAAGGAAAUGGCGUACGAGAUUGAAAAUACUACCGGUACUAGAUUUCCCGUUGAGAGUUUGUGCAGGACAGUACAUCGGCUUGGAUUUACCAUGAAAAAGGUGAGUUUCAAUUACAGUAGAAUAAUAUUUUUUUUCCAAAAUUUGAAAAAUCGGACGCAAUAAACAUAGGCAUAUAGCUUUAAUAAUUCAAUUUAGUGAAAUUCAAUCAAUUUAGAUAACGUGUGAAUUAUAAAACGCUUUAGUUUGUGGCUAUCAAUAUUAAUAUAUGAUUCCGACUAGAUUUAAACUGAUGCUUGGGUUGCAUUGACCAUUAUAUUCUUUUACCUGUAGAUUGAGAAAGUUGCUGCUCAAAGAUGCGAAAUUCAGAGGGCACGAUUUAUGGCUGAGAUUGCUCUGUUUCCUUCGGACCAGUUGGUAUUCGUAGAUGAAACAGGAUUUGUAUGUGAUACUUGAGUAUACUUCACGCGAAUAUCAGUAUGUACAGUACAUGUAGUAUUAUAUUAAACAUUAUUGUACAUUGCCCAGUAAUGCAAUAUGUUUGCUUAUAUAUUGGGCUAGUAAUGCAAUAUACUUAUACUUGUAUAUUAUAUAAUUCCGUGUAUUGCAUGUACACUAAUAAUGACGACAAUUAACGGAGUAGGCGCCAUGCAUAAUCACAGGUAGCUAUAUGUAGCAUAGACCCACUAUGCAUGCAUUAAAUACCUAACAUUAACCAAUACGUAUAGCGUAUAAAUUAUGUGUUUUACUCGUGUCAAAUAUAUUAUAUAGAACAGGCGUGUUAUGCGAGAUUAUGGUUAUAGCAUCGAAGGAACUCCUGCCACAUGCUACAGAAAGUAUUCUCCCUGGGGUCCACGCUAUAAUGUUGUAGCUGCAAUCAGUACCGAAAGCAUAGUUGCAAUUAGGAUUUGCGAUGCGGGUGUUACAGUUGGUGCUGAGGAAUUUGUGGCAUUCAUACAAAAUGACCUUUAUGCAGCCCUAAACAGAUAUAAUGGUGCAAACAAUCGUUCUGUUGUAAUACUUGGUAUGAUAUCUUAA